CCUCUUCUACCCACUACUUACUAAUUCAGUGUUCACAGCAACUGAGAGCUCAGAAACUCAAACACAGUAGAGAGAUUUGAAAAACUAGGGUUUGGUUAUUGAGAGAUGACGAAAGAUGUGGCUCAUCACGAAGAAGGAGUUCAUCAUAGUGGAAGAGACUAUGUAGAUCCACCACCAGCACCAUUGUUUGACAUGGGUGAACUUAAACUCUGGUCAUUUUACAGAGCUUUGAUUGCUGAGUUCAUUGCAACUCUUCUCUUCCUUUACGUUACUGUUGCUACAGUUAUUGGUCACAAGAAACAAACUGUUGAAUGUGCUGGUGUUGGUCUUUUGGGUAUUGCUUGGGCUUUUGGUGGUAUGAUCUUUGUUCUUGUUUACUGCACCGCUGGUAUCUCAGGAGGACAUAUCAACCCAGCAGUGACAUUUGGUUUGUUCUUGGCUCGUAAAGUCUCAUUGUUGAGAGCUGUUUUCUACAUGAUAGCUCAAUGUUUGGGAGCUAUCUGUGGAGUUGGGUUAGUGAAAGCAUUCAUGAAGCAUGACUACGUUGCUCAAGGAGGUGGUGCUAACUCAAUUGCACCAGGUUACUCUAAAGGUGCAGCUCUUGGUGCUGAGAUUAUUGGAACUUUUGUUCUUGUCUACACAGUCUUCUCAGCUACCGACCCUAAGAGAAGUGCACGUGACUCUCACAUUCCCGUGUUGGCUCCUCUACCUAUUGGAUUUGCUGUGUUCAUGGUACAUUUGGCUACCAUCCCCAUUACCGGAACUGGAAUCAACCCAGCUAGAAGUUUUGGUGCUGCUGUUAUCUACAACAAGGAGAAAAUCUGGGAUGACCAGUGGGUAUUCUGGGUUGGACCAUUUGUGGGAGCACUAGCAGCAGCUGCCUACCAUCAAUAUGUCCUAAGAGCAGCAGCAAUUAAGGCUUUGGGAUCAUUCAGGAGCAACCCAUCUAACUAAAUUUGAUUUGCACCAGAAUUAUCAAUGAAUUAGUUAAAAAAAUGAAGAAGAAAAAGGGAGUGCCUCUCUGAUUUGCUUUGAAUCCAUCAGUUUGUCUCUUUUGUGUGUAAAAGAAGGAAGUUGAUUUAUUUAUCUUUAUUUUUUUCUGCUUGUUAAAAGUGUUUUUCCCUUAUUUGGAGUAGUAAUUCUAUUAUUAUUAUUAUGUGUAUUAGCAAGAGAAAUUAUUAUUGAAAAUUUUCAUUACUUCUUUAA